GUCUUUGGCCGUCCGCGGUCUCCCCUAAACACUGCACAUCUGUGCUCUCUGCAGCUCCAGCGACUCAUCGUUGCCCACGAGAUUGCGGCGCUGUUAAUUCUCGACGCGCCACGCUCUCAGCCGGCCCAGCAGACUCGCCGCCGGUUCAUACCGCCGCGGUAGACCUCGCGCCCCGCGCACGCCAGCCGCCGCGGCGCGCCUCUCCCAGCAGACUCGCCCGCGCACGCCAGCCGCCGCGUGCACCUAAGCGGCCAUGGCCGAGCUCGUGAGCGACGCGCCCGGGCGCGCCGAAGAAGAGCAAGGAGACCUUCGAGCCGCCGAUGAGCCUCGCGCAGUCCGUGUUCCGCCACGGGCGCAAUCCCACGCCCGCGUCGGAGAAGGAGAUCCUGGACCUCGUCACGCAACGCCAGAUGGCGCCCUAUUACGCGCGCGUCUGCGCCGCGUUCGGCAUUAGCAAGGACGAGAGCCUCUACGCGAAGAUGAAGGACGCGAACGCGGCAGAGAUCGCGGCCCUGGCGGCCAAGAAGGAGGACGCCGAGGCGAACCAGGGCGACAUGGAGGUCUUGGACGCGCUGUUCGACGCGGCGAAGUACCACGCGCGCAUCGGCGACAGGGACGGCGCCUACGCCGCGUGCGACGUCAUCGUCGAGCGGCCGAAGAUCUCGACCGGGAAACGCAUCGACGCCGUCAUGUUGAAAAUACGCGUGGCCCUCUUCUUUGACGACGUGGGCAACGCGAAGAAGCAGCUCGAGGACGCGCGGCGAUUGGCGGCCGACGGCGGCGACUGGGACCGCAACAACCGGCUGUCGGCCUACGAGUCCGCUUACUUAAUUGUGACGCGGGAUUUGAAGGGCGCCGCCAAGAAGUUAUUGGGCGGCGUGGCGACGUUCACCUGUGUGGAGCUCUGCACGUACCCGGAAUUCGUUUUUUACGCGGUCGUGACGAACGUGCUGGCGCUGCCGCGGCCGGACUUGAAAAAGAGGAUCAUCGACUCGCCGGAAGUCCUGCAGGUCAUCAAGCAGAUCCCCCACCUCUCGACGUUGGUCGAGUCGCUCUACAACUGCGAAUAUUCGGUAUAUUUUGCAUCAUUACUAGAGAUCGAGAAGGUGCUCUUAGAUGAUCGCUACUUCUCGCAGCACACUAGAUACGUCAUCCGCGAGUUGCGGGUGCUCGUCUACACGCAGUUCCUCGACGCGUACAAGACCGUUACAUUGUCCUCGAUGGCGGCCGCGUUCGGCGUCUCGGUCGAGUUCAUCGACGGCGAGCUGGCGCGGUUCAUCUCGUGCGGCCGCCUCAACGCCAAGGUCGACAAGGUCGACAACGUCGUCCACACGACGCGCGCGGACCUCAAGUCGAAGAAGUACCAGGAGAUCAUCAAGUCGGGCGACGUGCUGCUGAACCGCAUCCAGCAGCUGGCGCGUGUCGUGUCGAUCUAACUUAGAUUGUUUUCUUUAA